AUGGAAGAGAGAAGCGAACUGAAGAAGCAAAUUUACGAUAUUUUCAAAGAGUUUAUGACAGGGAUCACGAAGCUUGAGGAGCUAGAGAAUGCUGCAAACAGCUACCUUCUAAGGUUUCAGCAAGGACUCAGCUUUCUUCAACGCCCUCCAAUAGUAACUUCGUCCAAGUUGAUGGAGAACAUUAUCAAGAACAAUGAAACAAGACGGCUCAAAUCGUACAUAGAAGCAGGCUGUGUUAACACCCAUGACGCUGCGCAAAGCACAAGAGCUUUGCAUACAUCCCUAGCAGGACUUUCUGACCACCUAAUCAAAGCCAAAAGCUUGUUAAUUGAGCUGGAGGGUCUCACUGAUGAAGCAGCCAUUGCUAUUGAGACUGCCACAAAGUUAUCCACACAGCCGCAGCUAGGUAAAGAACCAAGUGAUGAAUUGGAACAAGUAACAUGUGACGAGGAGAACGAGACUGUUCCUUUCCUUCAAGAACCUGAAGUUACAGAGUACGCUACACUUAUUGCAGUGGUUUACAGUAUGGUGAAGCAGAACUAUGCGAUGCAGGAAAAGAUUGUGAGAUCGCUUAGUUUGAAGUCAUCAUCUGGUGAACUAGACACUUACACUAUGAUGUGGUCAUUGCGUCCAUUUGUAGAAGACGAAGUUAUUAAUAGAGCAUGGAAGUAUCUAGCUAGCGUCGUCAUCUUCGAAUUUUUCGUGGCUGCGUUUGACGUUGCCACGAAUAAGACAAAGAUGAUGGAUUACCAGAACAAGCUUGUCCUUGCUCCCAUGGUUCGCGUGGGGACGCUGUCUUUCCGAAUUUUAGCGGCGGAGUACGGCGCCGAUAUCACCUACGGCGAAGAGAUUAUCGAUCAUAAGCUUGUUAAAUGCGAACGCCGAAUUAAUGUUGCUGCCGGGACAACUGAGUUUGUGGAGAAAGGGACAGACAAUGUCGUCUUCAGCACAUGCGAUGAAGAAAGAAACAGGGUUGUUUUCCAAAUGGGAACUUCUGAUGCUGUUAGGGCUCUCAAGGCAGCUGAGAUUGUGUGCAAAGACGUUGCAGCUAUUGAUAUUAAUAUGGGUUGCCCCAAGGCGUUCUCUAUUCAAGGAGGAAUGGGAGCUGCUCUGUUAAGCAAACCCGAGCUAAUUCAUGAUAUUUUGGCAACACUUAGGAGGAACUUAGACGUACCGGUUACUUGCAAGAUUCGUCUAUUGAAAUCACCAGCAGAUACUGUUGAAUUGGCUAGGAGAAUCGAGAAACUUGGUGUGCCAGCUCUUGCUGUACAUGGGAGGAAAGUUGAAGACAGGCCAAGAGAUCCUGCUAAAUGGGAUGAGAUAGCAGAUGUGGUCUCGGCAUUGUCCAUUCCCGUUAUUGCAAACGGAGAUGUUUUAGAAUACGAUGAUUUUUCUCGCAUUAAAACUGCAACUGGCGCUGCAUCGGUGAUGGUUGCAAGAGGAGCUAUGUGGAAUGCUUCAGUUUUCUCUCCAAAAGGGAAAUCAUACUGGGAAGAUGUGAAAAAGAAGUACAUUAGAAAGAGCAUAUUGUGGAACAACGAUGUAAAGAGCACGAAAUACACGAUAAAGGAGAUGAUAGCUCAUCAUUCUUGUCUUGAACUACCCGAAGGGAAGUCUAUCAACAAAGCAGACACUUUGGAAGAUCUAGCGCAGCUUUACGAGCUGGGAGAUUACUAUUGGACAGUGAAGAACAUUCGUCCCCUGACACAUGACUUGCAUUGUAUUUUGUAA